AUGGAGCUACGCGCCGAGGACGAACCCGUUCACGGGUUUGUGUCGCCUUACACAGAGCUGAAUGCUGGCCUCUGGUCGUUAUUUCUUGGUGCAACAGGCUUCCUAGGGCUACGGAUAUGGGUUAAGUGCGGUUAUCGAAACUACAGGUUGUGGUACGACGAUUGGAUCUUGGUUGGAUGCUGGUUCCUCCUCCUUGCCAAUAACGCAUUGAUUGUGUACCAGUUUGACAACGGCUAUGUAUUGGAGGACUCGACUAUGAAAUGGGACGACCGAAUGCAUAUCCUCAUCAACAUCUCAUCCUGCGGCACCCUGAUAGGGCAGGCACUCACGAAGACGGCAUUUGCGGUGACGCUGCUGCGAAUGGGCAACCGUUACCAAAACUGGUUCUUGUGGUUUUGUAUUGCCACAAUGAACGCAUGGAUGAUCGCCAAGGUUAUUGUGCAAUGGGCCAAGGUCUGCGGGAAACCUAGCUACGACAAUUGGUAUCGGUUAGACUUUUGUGUCGGGUCCAAGUUCCGCGAUGACUUCAAGGAAGGCGGAAACAUUUACAAUAUCGUUAUGGACUUCGUAUUUGCCUGCUUCCCCUGGCUGAUCGUCCGAAAAUUGGAGAUGCGCCGGGUAGAGAAGAUUGGUCUCUGCCUCACAAUGAGUCUUGGAAUAAUUGUAGCAGUUGUUUCCGCUAUCCGUGUGGGUUGGAAAGACGAUGGAAAUGACCGCGAUGCGUACUACAUGUUCCGAAAUGGUCUGUCACAGGUCUGGUAUUCAUCUGAAAUUACCGGAACGAUCAUUGUCCAGUGCAUACCAGUUCUCCGCCCAAUUUUACAGGAAUUUCAAUCAUCCAUAAGAUCGAAAACAUUCAAUUCAUCAACAUCAGGCCGCCGCAGCACAAUCCGGCUUAGUCUUCGCCCCAACAAGCCAAACCCAGGCUUUGAUGACCGGGCCAACAUCCUUCCUCGUGAUAAGAACGGGGUUCAAUUAAACGAUUUAUCCAAUAGAAAUACAAUAUCCGACAAGAAAAGCAGCUUUCGAAUAUCUUCCCUUCCAAUACAGACUCCGGAAACCCCCCGGAGACCAACACAUAGCUCCCAUGACUGGUGGGACACACCUGCGAGGGACACGCCGAGCUUAGAUGCCGAGCGAGACGGAGAGUCCCAAUAUACGAACGAAGAAACAGAUAGGUAUCAGUACCAGGGAUUAUCGCCACGGCCGCGAAAUGCUUCCGGGCCCCCGGUACCACCAAAGACAUGA